CGGCGGUGCUGCCGCCAUUUUGGGCGUGGGCGGGAAUGGUUGGCGUGCUGCCGUCGCGUUUGGGGCUCCGUUUCACCGUACCGCGACCCCUCCAGUGCCAGGGCUGCUUUUCUGUGCUCGAAGAAGUACGACCCUGACCAGGCAGCCAGACUGGAGGGAAACAAACCCCUCACCGAGGCGUGAUGUGUUCCGGGUACAUUGGACUCCUUUGUGUUCUCUGCAGAGUGCUCUGGUCACGCCUGCCUGUGCUCAGAAAAUCCUGGACAGAAAUAUGUGAGAAUAUGUGAGCUGCAAGAACUUCUAAAUGUGAAAUGUUGGCAGGGGAUUCUCUGCCGCAGUGUUCGUGUAGCUCUCAAGCUGCUCCACCUUCCAUCAGCCCACACAGUUACAAGGACAGAUCAUUGUAGUAUCAGAAACCCCCUCUGAAAGAGCUUAUGGUGUCAUUGGGUUGUAUAUGCAGCACACACCUUCACACUCAGUAAUUCAAUUGCAUGUCGUAGGUUUUGAGUUCCUUCCCGUUGGGGCCCAGCCUCAUUCCUAAAGAGUUAAUCAGAAUGCAAAGGUACUUGCCAUUAAAGGUGUGUUUCUAUAGUGGAAAACUGUGUAAAGUGAUGUUUAAGAGAUACACUAAAUUCUACAAAUGCGGGGGAAAUAGAACAAUUUCUUAAGUACUGCAUUUUGGCAUGUCAUCCUUGGCUGAAUCAGUCACUUUUUGGUACAGAAUGGACUGGAGAUAAUCCAUUGUUCAGAAAAUUGCUUGUCUGCUCGCCUGAAGAAAAAUUUGGCCAGUUUUUUGGUUGACAUGAUUGUCUUUCAUCAUGCAUUGGAAAGAUAUAUAAGGAGCUGAGUUCCAGAGUUUAUUACUGCAUCACAUUGAACGACCAGGAUUUUUCCAUACCUUGUUCCUUAAGAACAUACUUUAGUGAAAGAUAUCUAGAGCCCAUGGAAGGAAAAUAGGAGAGAGUGGAGUUGUUCUAAGUAUCUGCUCAUCUGCAGUGAUUUUUGGAUUGAAAACAAUGGGUAGAAAAGAUGCCUCUACAUCAAGGACUCCUGUUGACCAGUACAGGAAACAAAUAGGGAAACAAGAUUAUAAGAAAACCAGGCCCAUGUUAAGAGCUACAAGAUUAAAAGCAGAGGCCAAGAAAACUGCACUAGGCGUAAAGGAAGUUGCCCUUGUCCUUGCAGCUAUACUGGUAUUUUUGUUGGCUUUCUAUGCUUUUUUUUAUCUUAAUGUUUCCAAUGAAGUUGACCUUGAUCUGGACCCAGAUGAAAACUAGCAGAUGCAAUGAAUCUAUCAUCAAGAUUCUUCAGCUUCAAUGAGACUACAUAGGAACACAUUGUCCCUUCACUGUAAGACAGUCAACUAUGCCAUUUCUUGCAGUCCAAAUUCAUAAGAAAAUUUUGCAAUACGUCAGUCACAUUCCAGGUCUCUAAAAUAAGAACACUUAUGCCUGGCCAAGUGUAUUUGUCUAACACCAAAGCCAGGAGCAACAGUAGUUUAUUGUUUACAUUAUGUUUUUCUCAGGCAGACAACUUCAAUGUCAAAAGACAGGUGCUACUAUUACCAUGGGUAUUGAUGCUGACUUCACAGGAGUGUCUGCCUUGACCUAAUUUACGAAUAAGAGCUUCCUAAUAACCAAAUUAGUUUCCUGUUCCUUUCUGAAAAGAAAGCCGAAAUACCAAGUAAAAAGUCUGUCUUUCAUUUGUGUUUAUAAUAUAUCAAAACACCCUUAUCCUUUCUCUCCCUUUUAAUCUUCCUUGUGCAUGUGUGCGCAUGCAUGAAGAUGGAAGAAAUUGUAGGAAGAGAAUAUCUUCUUACAAGCAGUCUGUCACCUUCUAUAUGGACUUAAUUUUCUGUCAUUCCAGAUUCUGUGUGCCCAUAUAUCUGCAGUAAUCUUUUUCAUUCUUUUGCCAACUGUUCAGCACACAUGUGUUCUGUUAGAAAUGGCACCUGGAUGACAGAAGCUUUAACAUUGGCAUAUGCUUCUGAAACACAGUUCUUUGCCUCCUGUGCUGUCUGAACUAGUGUAAAUAGAAAGUUUAGUCAAUGUUGGUUUUAAUUAGUGUAUUGGUCUACUAUUAAUAUAAAGUCAAAAUUGUGUUUUAAUUAUGCUCUUCCUGAUGGUUUUGGUAUCAACUUGCUCUACCUAUUAGGGACAUGUUGUAUAAAAACAUUCCUUUCCAGCUAUACAAUCAUAUUAAUCAUCAAACUAAUGUGAGAGGCUGUAAGUAAUAAGAAAACACUUUUUCUCCUGGCGUACUAAUAACUGGUAAAUCUUGGCUCCAUUACAUCCCUCAGUUCUUGCAAAGUACCUUUCAAAUUAGGCACUGUAGGUAGCAUUUUUGUUCCUUUUGAUAGCCAAAAGUCACUUAAGAAUUUGGUGUGUCAGAGCAGCUGCAGGGAGCUUUAAAAUUCUGGUUUUAUCCUGUUCUGCUUUGAGUUUGGCAUAUAACUGAGCUUGUGGAUGUAAAGACUCAGUUUUGAUCCUCUUAAGUGUGGUCAGUCUUUCUCUGACUGAGAUUCAGUUCCAAUUCAGUUUGAUAUCAAGAAGAGCCAUCGUUGCUGAAUGUCCCAAGGAAAUUUAGGCAGACUGACUUUCAGAAAAGUUUUCAUUAUUCUGAGGCUUGGUUUUGCCUUUGACAUAAAUUUCAGAGCUGAAUGUUAGGUUUGAUUGCAACUGAGGUAUUUACUGUCGUGUUCCCAAGAUGGCUGGCUAAGAUUUCUUAUAGUGAUUUUGAAGACAAAGGGAUACAAAUCACAGCAAAUAUUAUAAUGGAAAAUAUAUUUCUUUUAAAUUGACACAGUCCCAUUAUCACCACUUAAGAAACUUGGAUCAAUACAGUUAAUUUUUAAACCAUACAGUAACUAUAACCAUAUACAUUAUGAGUCUCUAAGGAUCCACUUCAUAUGUGUCAUAGUGUUCAUUCACUUUAUGCCAUGCAAAACAACAACUCCAGAAAUUCAGAGUACAACAGUCUUCCGAAAAAUAUAUGAAAGAGAAAUGUAUAUAUGCAAAUAUAUAUAAUUUUCUAUGUAUGACUCUUACAGACACAAAAUCCUAACAUUUACAUAUGCAUAUGACUUACAGUCGUACACUUGACCAAGCAUCUCGCAACAUGUUGAAUUUAUGGUGAAGCAUUAUCUGACACAUGGCCCAACUUCCAGUGGAGGGAAAAGUAUAUCACAAGCUGUCUCCUUGGAUGUGACAUGCCUUUCACUCCGCCAGUACCCAACCACAUAUCACAGAAGCUGCAGACCUCUCAUGUUGCUUUACACUAGCAGUUUUCAUGUUCUAUAACAUGCUGGAAGGAUUGCUUCCUUAAUGUCAGCAUAUAGCUUUCUGGGUCAUGUAUGGUCUGAGAAAGACUCCCUUCAUGCAGGUCAUCUCGUAACCUGCUCUCUCUUUUGGUUGUAUUAAAAAGCAAGCAAUUCUUACUGUCAAAUUUAUGAAUAAGAAGUUCCUAGAACAGGAAUAUUCCAUUUCCCAUAACUGUAAAUAAGACCAAAUCUGAAGUGCAUAUAUAUGUGAUUCUAUCAGCUUCCCUGAUGUGUGGCUUAUGAGUCCAUAUUGCCCAUAGUUUGCCAUUUGUCUGUUGCUUUUGUUUGGAUUAGGUCUUUUCAUUUGCAUGUAAUCAUUGAAUGGUUUGCAUUAGAAGGGAUGCAGAAGAUCAUCUAUUUCCAGCACCUCUCUCAUGAGCAGAGGCACCUUCUACUAGAGCACAUUGCUCAAAGCCCCAUCCUGGUGUCAAACACUUCCAAGGAUGGGGCGUCCACAGUCUCCCUGGGCAACCUGUUUCAGUGCCUCACCACCCUCAGAAUGAAUAAUUUUUUCUCAAUGUCUAAUCUAAACUUACUCCCUUUUAGUAUGAAUCAACUCUCUCUCGUGAUGUUACUGCAUACUUUUGAAAAAGGUCAAUCUUUUUUGUAGGCUCCCUUCAGGUACUAGGAGGAUAUUCUCAUGUGACAGGAAAAUUUAUUUUUGCUUAGACCAGGUAGACUUCUGUUCAGUGUAUGUAGAAAUACAUGGUAAAUGCUGCAGCAAAUACACAUCUUCUCUUAUCAGUACAAUAAUUCCUAAUGGGACAUGUGGUUUAUUUUGCCCUUAAUUAUAUCUGAGAUUGAAAUAUGCCUUUUGGAUUUUGGACCAUCCAUCUUUGUAUAAGUUGCUCGGUGUCUAUUUUAUUAAUAAAUGAUUUUUUUCUAUUUUGGUUCUCUUAUUAGUGUUGAACACACUGAAUUAUGUAUACAUUUGAAAGGACAUUAAAAUAAUCUAAACAGCAAAAUGGUCAAAAGUAAACACUGAUGUCAGUUUUAGAAUAUCUGGAUAACUUUAGGCAGUUCUAGCCACUAAACUCAUAUAAAACUAAAUGUGGCCUAUGAAUACCUAAAAGACAAUGGAGAGAACUUCCUUUGGCAUCCUACCCAAUACUAAUAGAGAGAUCUCCUUCUGGAGUUGAUCCAUGCAGCUCUAUCACUUCAGUUGUACAAGACUUUUUUAUUCUAAAACUUUAUAUGCUUGCUUCAAAGAAGGAUUACUGAUCAAAUAAUUUACAUGGCAAACUUAAUGAGUGACUUAAUGAGUUUUUUCAAAGAUAUUCACCUGAAGGAAAAGGUAGACAUCAGUAGUUGCCGUCUACUCCUGGAGUAAACUGAAUUUCUUUCUAGCAGAGGUUGUGGAGGAGAUGCCUGUACUGGGUCCUUGUGCUUUGGGUAGGAGCAGAUGUCCUGUCUGGAAGAAUCUCUGGCUAGGAAGGAAUAACAGUCUUCCACAAGUGAUUUUGCUCAGCAAAUCUUCCUAGGUGGUUUUCCUUUUCUUAUUGAUUCUUCAGAAGCAGAACCAGCAUGUAGACCAUCUCAGGACAGAAGCCACAGUGUAGUAUUUUCAGGAGUGCUUCUAGUGAACAUUGCCAAGGAAAGGCUCUAGGCUAUACUACCUAGAGUCCAUAAACAUAUUUUACUGGAAGCUUAGAAGGCAUGUUAAGCAUUUCCCUAAUAGACCCUAGAGAUACAUUUACACUUUUCUUGAAUGCUGUAGUUGAAGUUCACUGUUGCAUAUCAUAUAGACACCAUGUGAUUCAGAAUCAGCUCCUUCCAUGCAUCAGACCAGCUGUAGCUGGUCUGGAGCAGGACUUGUAGACUGGGAGAUUGUGCUGCAACACAUAACUGCAAGUAGCCACAACAUGAGCCAACUCUUCUGUUUACUUAGAUGUUCUCUAGAGCAGCAGACCUCAAAGUUUUGUUUGAAAACACAGGUUUUGAACAAUUCUACUAAAGGAAAGCACAGUGAAAGCCCUACAAACUGUUCAUGCCUCUUCCAUGAAGGUUGCUACGGUGGAAGGGCUCAUCUGCUGACUUAGGGCCAAGUUUUGAAUGCUGCCAUUUUCAGAAGGAAAAUGCUGCUAGGAGCUCCCAGCAGAGUGAUGAUUGAUAAGGGAUUGUCGUCCCUGUAAGGCACAACUGAGCCAGUUGGUGAAGGUCAAAUGCAUUCAGGACAAUUCUCUGCAGAGAACUGUACUUGAAAAGCAGAGUAGGCAAGUUAGAGUGCCAACAAAACAGAUACUACAGAUCUUGAUCUCAUUUCAAGUUCUACUUACAGUAGCAUAGUAAUUAGCGGUGGUUAUGACUAAGAAAAUAACAGUAUGGCACAUCAAUAAGACAGCAGAAAUGCGAUGUUGGAACUGCAUCCUAAAAGAUUUUACAGUGGAUUAUGCCUGCACUUUGGGAAGUGAAGCCAUGAGAUGAAUAAAUUGGCAAAGAUUAUCUGUGAUCUUAUGCUUACAAUAUUUUUUCCUGAAAGAGCCAGUGGAGAUAUUUUGCAGUACUUUUCUCCAUCAUCCUCUUAGUUUGCUGUAAUGCAUUUUUGUAGAUAUAUUUCUUCACAUUUCCAAGAGUGAAAAUAUUUUUUUUUUGCAGUUCAUCAAUUCAUUUAAUUGACAGAAUCCUCUACUCAUCCUUUUAUCCCCCCUUAAUCACAAUCAAAUUAGUGGGGAGACAGCCAAAAUGUUAGGUACCAGUGUCUCUCAAGCAGAUGUCACACCACUAUUUUUUAGCUCGUUUAAAUGAAUAAACAUGUUAAACUGUGAAGUAUUACAUUUUAGAUUUUUUCAUUAAAAAAAAUGGGACAAUCUGUUUACUGUCCUUAAUUGAGACAACAAUCCUGGUGGUUGCCAGUUUUGGCAGUUGUAAUGAUGAACUAUAAAUAUUGGGACAGACUGACUGAUGAUUGUGGAGGAUAGUUCAAGUACAAUACUCAUUCUGCAUGAAUUCUUUUUUCAGUGCUACAUUUUUUCUAGCUUCUGUGAUUGUUGUAGUGGUUUCGCAUGUUAAAAACAAAUAAAUACCUGACUAGUCAAUCAA